AUGCGUGUUUCCAUAAUCACGACUCUUCUUUUCGGCGGCAUUGCAAGUGCGCAAUUUGGCUCGGACAUGCUUGCUGGCAUGCCUAUAACGUGCCAGAAUGGACAAGCGCCCAUUGUCACGUGCGGCGAUCCAACUCCGGAAAUGUGUGGAUGCACCUGCAGAGACGGAAUGAUGUUUAACCAGCCCCGACCUUCAUUCUCAGGAGACCCAACCCCACCUCCGCCUCCAACCCCAUCCGACCCAAUUCCCCCUCCCCCUCCGGUUGUUCCCGAGCCGUACAAGUUUGCGUCAAGACCAUGCCUAGGAAGAAUCAUCAAUGACUGGAAGGCUAUUGAGGGUUACCAUAAGCCUAAUUCGCUCGAGAAUGGUGAACUCACAACCGACACAAUUGACGUUCCCGAAGACGCCGUCUUGAUAGUGACUGAUAGGAAUUCAAGAUGCGAGAUCUUCGAGGUAUCAGUCGACAACAAAGUCCUAGGUGAGACAUGGAACAGCUCCCCUUGA